GUGUGUGUGUGGUUGGUGGAGGUGGGGGUGAAGAAUGCUUGGUAUGUGCGGACGACAACAACACGGGAGGCGACGCGCGUUGAGCCCGACCGAUUGUGCGCCCACAAAUCAAACCCCGGAGCUCUUUGUGCCCGAUUAUUAAGUGCGACACGGGCACGAGACGUCGCGACGCGCCUUUUGUCGCGAGAAACGAGCCGCCGGUGCGACGCGAAACGAGGCAGCCGCGCAGUCGGUCUGACGCGAAUCACCCUGCAGAGGCGGAGAUGGUUCGGUCUGUAGUAGGUGGGACUGCUCGAGCGGUCUGCAGCAGGACGUCGUAGAUCAAUGAACCGGACCGGGAGGGUUGGUCCAUCGCCUGGCGUGCAUAUCUGACUGUGUAGAGGUGUCAGUAUACCUAUGCAGGACCGGGGCUUCAUCACUGUUAACCAGCGCGCUCGGUACGCGGAUGUUUUAACCCGACGCGAUAUUUUAUAGGCUACCUUCUCCUCCCGCUCGGAUCCCGUCUCUUAGUUGCUCAUCGUUGCGAUUUUUUUUUUGUGUGUGUGUUUGUGUGAGUGUGAGUGAGUGCGUGUGUGCGCGCAUGUGUGUGUGUGUGUUGUUGUGGGAAUUAAAAAUCUAUCCGUAACCUCCAGGAUGAUCUUUGCGAACACGGGCAACCCGCUGAAGACAGCCAAUCGUAAGCAGUCCUACCCCAUGACUCCGUCCAGUCCCAGCAGCAGCAGCAACAGCAGCAGCACAGGCCUGGAGCAGCUCAGCAAAACCAACCUGUAUAUCCGCGGGCUGCCUCCUGCCACCACAGACCUGGACCUCGUCAAACUCUGUCACCAGUAUGGCAAGAUUCAGUCAGCGAAGGCAAUCUUGGACAAGACGACCAACAAAUGUAAAGGUUACGGCUUUGUGGACUUUGACAGCCCGGCGGCUGCUUUAAAGGCAGUACAUGCUCUGAAGACCAGCGGCAUACAGGCCCAGAUGGCCAAGCAACAGGAGCAGGACCCCACAAAUCUGUACAUUUCCAACUUGCCCCUCUCAGUGGAUGAGAAAGAGCUGGAGAACAUGCUGCAGCCCUUCGGACAGGUCGUCUCCACGCGGAUCCUUCGAGACUACAGUGGCAACAGCCGGGGCGUGGGCUUCGCCAGGAUGGACACAACAGAGCAGUGUAAUGCCGUCAUCUCCCACUUCAAUGGGAAGUUUAUCAAGAUAGCCUCUGGAGCUCUGGCUCCCUCUCAGCCGUUGCUGUGUAAGUUCGCAGACAGUCAGAGGAAGAAACAUGCUCAGGGCGGAUUUGUUCCCAAUGGACAGUCAGGAGAUCUCAGACUAGGCGCAAUGACUCUUACCUAUGACCCCUCCUCAGCAGCUAUACAGAAUGGGUACUAUCCUUCUCCGUAUCCAGUUACCAACAGGAUAAUGACUGUGCAGCCUGCGAUGUCGCCCUACAUGUCUCCAGUCUCUGCUUACCAGGUACAGAGUCAUUCUUGGGUGGCACAUCAGCCAUAUAUCAUGCAACACCCGGCUGCUGUGAUGUCUCCCUCUGUGGAUCCCUCCAUGUCACUGCACCCUUCAGCCAUGAUUACUCAGCAGAUGGGUCAGCUGUCACUGGGAAACACUGGAGCGUAUAUUUCAGCCAACCCUGGUGUCCAAGGAGCGUACAUGCCUCAGUAUCCUCCCCUGCAGGCAGCACCUGAAAGUGGCACGCCGCAGCAAGUUGAUUCUUCCAACAACUCGUCUCCUUACAGUCAGCUCAGCAAGUAAUCACAGGUUAAAUUCCCGCUCUGUGAGCCAGAGGGCAGACUGCUGAUGACAUCACAGUGACACCACAGUCGCCACCUUCUCUGAUUGGACCAGAUACAUGAACUGUUUUGCACAGCCUUGAUGUUUGUGGUGGAAAAUAAGGACAGUGUAAAUGGACUGGCAGUUGUUGGCUACAUACACAGACAAAAAAAAAAACAAACAACAACAACAAAAAAACAAAAAAAAAAAACAAGAUUUAUUUUGAUAAGAAACCACAUGCUCUUCUUUUUCUCGUUUAUCAAGGAUUCUCAAACAAAUGCCAGAGGACCCCCCCCCCCCAACCCCCACCAUACACACAAGCACACACGCACACACACGUGCACACACAGUUACACGCCCACAAACACACACACAUACCUCCCUCACCAUCCCCAGCUCCCCUAAGUAUGAUGUGAUGUUAAAAUGCAUGAGAUUCAGAUACCCCCCCCCCCCUUCAAGGUUUCUAUGAUUUUAUAGUUCCUUUAUUUGUAAUACACAAAAAACCUUGUUUGCACUGAAGUUUUCAGACUGGCUUCAUUUUGGUUUUCAAAGCUGCCACAGAAUAGCUCACAAAAUCAGUUACUGCUCAACUGAACUUGCCAGCUGACACUUGACAAGUGACCACCUCAUUAGGAAAUUAAUGAAUUUAUUAUUGGAAAAAAAAAAGAAAAAAGGUGCCUUCCUUACGUCACAUCAAACAUUCUCCAACAUCUUUUCCAUCGAACUUGAUCAGGUGUCAUAUUUCUAUCUGAUUGAUCAAAUGUGUGUGUGAAAUCCAUUGACAGAGGUUUCCAUUGAGUGUUUUCGCUAUCUAGUCUUCUGGUAGCAAUAAAGACAAUGAGAGUCCCACGGCAAUACUGAGAAAAAAAGAACGGUGACAAACUCAGAGCAAGGUAAUUCCUUCUUUUCCCUCUUUCCUUCUUUUUUUAAAACUUCAAGACAUGAAAAAAACGAGAUGUGCUUUUAUGAAAGUUUUACACCCAAUGGACAUCUUUCAGGAGGGUCGCUGUUGUUGUUGUUUUUCUCUUGUGGUCAGUUUGACCAGUGAUCUACCUCAUGGUUCUGCUAGAAAUCUGCUGGUUUUGUGGGGUUUGCAGGUAAAGCCCCGUUUUUCACCAGAGUCGAUGAAGCAGAGCGAAAGCCACGCUCAGGAGCUGGCUAAAAUAAGACUUCUGCCGUUUGUCUCCCACACGCAGCGUUUCUCUUCCUGAUCUGCAAAAAGAAACAUUGUGCUUUGCUUCAUCUUUAUUUGUCAUUGCUUCUGUUCUGGUGUUUCUAUUUCUCUUCAUGAUGAGUGUUGUUGAGUUGUGAGGUUCCGUUUUAGAGAUUCAAAAUGAGACAAACUACUAGCUUCUCCUUUAGAAAUUGUUGGUUUCGGGUGUGUUUGAGAGAAAUGAAUGCCGACUAUGUGGAUUUACUUGGUGCAUUUUUCUGCCUUUGCCAUUCUAGACAAAUCUUAGAUGACUCACCUCUUUCCCCUUUCCCUUUUUUCUUUUCCUUUAAGAAAGACUUAAAGUCACUAUCUUGGGUUACACUGCUACUGUGAAGCUCUCCAAAAAUGACGCUUGGAUUCAGCCAAAUUUUGGUCGUUUGGUUAAAGCAGCGUAAGCGUGUACAUGCCAAACACUUUGGAUGAGUGGAAAAGUUUCAAAUGUUGCCUCAUGCAAAUAAAUGCAACAAUCAUGUAUGAAAUACUUUCAAAAUCACAGUAUUUCAUCGGAGUUGGAUGGAAGCUGAAAUCACAUGACCGUGUUUUUGGUUUGUUCAGAAUAAGACUUGUAAAUUAUACACAUUCAGGGCCAAUCGAGAAAAAUAAGUGGGUUUUAUUGUUUGCUUUGCCUUUUUUUUUCUUUGAUCUGAUGAUUUCUGAUUUAAGAACUCUAAACUACAACAAGAAAAAUGGUCAAAGCUGUACGAUCGCGGUGCUUCUCCCCGGAUCAGUAGUAACGUCGCAGCAAAUGCUCCCUAUCAGAAAAUACAAGCAGUGAUACAAAGGUUUUACCGAGCCUGCUUUCCCAUUCUGAACAUAUGCUGCUGGAAAAAAUGUAAAAAUGAAAAAAAAAAAAAAAAGAAAAUGAAAAAAAAAAUCUUGUACAUGUUAUCCUCAUUGCUUCCCCCUGUCACCUUCAACUGAUUCUCAAUCAACCUUCUAGUCCCCGCUCUCUCCUUUGAAAACAUUGAAAUAAAAACAAUGCUGAAUAAAAGGCUCUUUCUCAGAUACGA